GUUGUGACCAUGGUGUUGGGGUAAUAGAGACAUGUCCUACGAGUUUUGGAGACGCAAACAACAAACAAGGGGGAUCAGGAUUCUUUCCCCCUUCCUUCAGAUGGUCGGAAAGAGGGUCCUCCUCUGAGAUCAUCCUGAAAAGGGCGGUUAAGAACUAUUCAUACUUCUUAAAUCCUUUUGUUUUCAAGGAAAUUCUUCAUUUAUGUUUCUAUCUUCUCAUCUCAAUCGUGCCACCAAUCAUCAUCAUCUUCUUCUCACAUACCUAGGUGUAUUAUAUUUUCACCAACAUUUCCUUUGUUUAGUAUAUACAUUGUACACGAGAGACAGAAAUCAACUGAAAAAAAACCAGACGAUUGAUAUAAGCUUUGAUUGCCCUUCGUGCCCUCAUUUCUGGUGCGAUCGGAAACCCUAGGAAAAUGAAAAACCCCCAUUUGAUCAUUAACUUGAUAAGGGCUACCAGUGAUUUGUAGGAAAAGAAAGCUGGCGCAUUCAGACAGGUGUGUGGUGGCAGAAACAGCUGCUGCCUCCACAAUCACAACAUAUGGUUUUGAGUACAAUGGGGGGUAGAUGGACAACAAAUGAAAUCCAGUAUUCUUAUUUCCCGCUUUUAAUUCUUGUUCUAGCUCAUGGGUGUUCUUCCCUGAAUCCCGAAGGAUUGGCAUUGUUGGAUUUUAAGGCAAGAGUAUCUCAUGAUCCAUAUGGAGCCUUUGCAAGUUGGAAUGUGGAUGACAAUGAUCCAUGCUCAUGGUCUUAUGUUCAGUGUGUCUUUGGCAAUGUGCAUACUCUUGAUCUCAAAGGGCUAUCUUUGGAAGGAGUACUCACACCUGAGUUAGGGAAUCUCACUCACUUGAGACGUCUUGUUCUCUCACAUAACCAUUUUUCUGGAGUUAUUCCCAAAGAGAUUAGCAAACUCAAAAUGUUGGAGGUACUGGAUUUAAGGGAUAAUAAAUUGAUUGGAAAUAUUCCACCAGAGGUUGAAACGAUGCAAUCACUAAAAUAUUUGUUGCUUCAUAACAACAAUCUUGAAGGAAGCAUUCCACAUGAAUUUGAGAGCCUGAAUUUGCUCUACAAGUUGCAAUUUGAUGAUAACCUUACAUUCAGUGUUACAGAUGCAAUUGGAUUUCUAAACAGGAAACUUGGACGUUGCAUAUGGCAGGGUGGUUUUAACCAUCUAAGGAAUGCAGAUUCUGUUAUAUCCCCAUUCAAAGAAACUGUUAUUAAUUGCCUCAAACCGUUUCAACUAUUCAGCAAGGGCAUUUCAGACAAUUCUUGUGUCAAUGAAGAAAGUCCAUUAACGCCCAAAAUAGUUGAAAACACAAAAAUUGAUGGAUGCAUAACAAGUCGAAAGCUAAUAGAAGAACCUACAAAUGUAGCAUCCGAAUCUUCAUAUAAUGAUGCUGACAUGUCAGCACGAGGUGACAUCAUAGGACUUGUUCCUAGUACCAAAAGCACCGGAUGUUUCCGGAAAAUAACAAAAAGAUUUGAUGAUACUCCAUCUUCAUCAUCCGAAACAUCUGAUGAUGAUGAAGAGUCAACGGAAAGUCAAACUAAUUCAGACAUGUGGAAGAUCAUGAUAGGAAUGUGUUGUGGAUGUUUUCUUCUAAUCACUUCCAUGACUCUAUCAUUCAUGUGUCAUAAUCAAGCUGUCAAAACCAUUGGCCCAUGGAGGCCCAAGCUUAGUAGACAACUGCAAAAAGCAUUUGUUACGGGUGUUCAAAAACUAGAUCAUUCAGAACUAGAAACAGCAUGUGAGGAUUUUAGCAACAUCAUUGAAACAAUGGAAGGUUGUACUUUAUAUAAAGGAACAUUAUCAAGUGGAGUUGAGAUUUGUGUUGCUUCAACUACCAUUACAAGACUCAAAGAUUGGUCAAAACAUGCACAGCUAUUGUUCCACAACAAGAUUGAGAUGCUUUCACGUGUCAACCACAAAAACUUUGUCAAUCUUAUUGGUUAUUGUGAAGAGGACAAACCUUUUGUUAGAAUGAUGGUGUUUGAGUAUGCUCCAAGUGGCUCACUCUCAGAGCAUUUACAUGUUCAAGAAGUUGAGCAUCUAGACUGGAGUGCAAGGAUGAGAAUAAUACUAGGAGUAGCAUAUUGUCUCCAAUGCAUGCAUGACUUAAGUCCUCCAGUGGUGCACAUGGAUCUGAAUUCAAAAAUGAUCUAUCUAACCGAUGAUAAUGCUGCCAAAGUUGCAGACUUGAGUUUCUGGAAAGAGUUUUCCCAGAAAGAAAAGAUAUCAGGGGCAAAUAAGUCAAAGUACCAACAAGAGCAUCUUGUAACUUGGGUGGAAGAAUUUUUGAAGGACAAUAAAAACAUUAGUCAUAUGAUUGAUCCAACCUUAAAGUCAUUCAAGCAUAAAGAACUUGAAGUUGUUUGUGAAGUUAUUCAAGAAUGUAUUGAAAAAGAUGGAAGCGAGAAACCAACGAUAAAUAAAAUAAUUCGAAAACUUAGGGACGAAAGUGGUAUUUCACCAGAGCAAGCAAUCCCUAGAUUGUCUCCCCUUUGGUGGGCUGAACUUGAGAUUUUAUCUGAAGAUGAAACAUAA